AUUAAAUUUAAUUAUUUAUCCUGACUUCGUGCCUUUGACUUAAAUAAUAAAAAAAAAGAAUGUCUCUUUUCAAUAUUCGUUCCUGGACAUGUGUAUUGGUGUGCAUUGCUUGUACAAGUGGGCGUAGUGUACAUAGUUCGAAUUCGCAAACAAGAUCAUUGUUGGAUGAAAAGAAUAAAGAUCAUUGGAGAAUACAAGCACAAUGGACAUUACGUUCAAAGAUAGCUUUGCCUCUCAACACCAACAUAGCAAAGAAUGUGAUCUUUUUCAUUGGGGAUGGUAUGAGCAUCACAACGCUGGCUGCCACAAGAGUGUACCUUGGAAGAAAAAAUGGGUAUUUGGGAGAAGAGGUCAAGUUAAGCUUCGAAACCUUUCCAUUUACAGGAUUAGCCAAGACGUAUUGCGUUGAUAAUAAUGUAGCGGAUUCAGCUUGCAGUGGAACAGCUUAUCUGACAGGAGUUAAAGCCAAUAGUGGUACUGUUGGUCUCAGUGGUGCUGUGAAACGUGGAGAUUGCGAAGGACAAAGAGACACAACUAACUCAGUCACUGGACUCAUGGAUUGGGCACAACGAGCUGGCAAAUCUACGGGUAUAGUCACAACCACACGAGUAACUCACGCGACUCCGGCUGCAGCCUACGCUCACUCAGCCGAUAGGAAAUGGGAAGCGGAUGUAGACAUGCCGAGACAUGGCCUUCGCUGCGAGGACAUAGCGAGUCAGCUCGUGAGGGGUCGAGUGGGCAGCAGCAUUGACGUCGUGUUAGGAGGAGGUAGAAAAAAUUUUUACCCAACAACUGAAAAAGAUGCUCAAGGUUAUUUUGGAAUAAGAAAAGAUGGAAGAAACCUUAUAAGAGAGUGGCUUCUUAAAAAAGAAAGUCAAGGAGAUAGGCCAAAAUAUGUAUAUAAUAAACAUGAUCUCCAAAACAUAGACAGUAAAUAUAAUAGCGUGCUAGGUCUUUUCUCCUCUGACCAUAUGCCUUAUCAUCUUGAAGCGGAGGAAGAUGAUCCAACUUUGAGCGAAAUGACCAAUAAAGCAAUAGAAAUUCUAUCGAAUAACCAGAACGGAUAUUUCUUAUUUGUAGAAGGAGGUAGAAUAGACACAGCUCAUCAUGAGACCAAAGCUCGUAAAGCUUUAGACGAAACAGCGGAACUGGCGAAGGCUGUUGAGGCUGCAUUAAGGAUAGUAAAUCUUGAAAACACUCUGAUAGUGGUGACGUCAGAUCACAGCCAUACCAUGACCUAUAGUGGAUACAGCAAACGAGGAACUGACAUCUUAGGUCUGGUAAAUACAAAGUCUAAUGCGUCCGACAACUUACCGUACAGCACUUUGAGUUACGCAAACGGACCCGGCUAUAAGCCUCAUGCAGACUUCCAGAGACAUAACCUGAUGUUGGAUGACAUGAAUAACUUAAAUUACACUUACCCAUCCCUGGUGCCGUUACCUCGAGAGACACAUGGGGGGGAAGACGUAGCGGUAUUCGCGAAAGGCCCCUGGUCUCACCUGUUCAGCGGAAACUAUGAACAAAAUUUUAUUCCUCACGCUAUUGCUUAUGCGAGUUGUAUAGGUUCAGGACUCACUACUUGUAAAUUAUGAUAGUACACUUAUUUUUAUUUUAUAAGUUAAUUGAUUAUGAACCUUUAAAUGGCUCUUAUUCGUUAAGUUAUCUUAUAACAUUAUAUUAAUGUCAGUUGAAAAAUAUAAAUAUAAAUAAGUCAAAAUCUAAAUAUUCCUUAUUCAAGUAGGCUCAUACGCUUAAGAGAGAGACUUUAAGUAAGUAAACAGUUGAAGUUUUAUCUAUACCUAUAGCAUACAAUCCGCAUUAUUAGAGCGUGGUAAAUUAAGCUCCAAUGAUUCUCCUCAAAAGGAAAAGAACCCUGUGGGAAAUUAAAGCUUAAAAGCGUUAUAACAAUUACCCAUAUAUUGUGUGUCCGCAAAAGUCCGUAAAAGUUUUAAUCAAGCUUAAUAAUUAACUUUUAACUUGUCCGUAGAAAUUAUUGUGUUUAUUGUAAAACUUUAAAAAGCGAAACCGUCAAGGAUUAAUAUUCAGAGUGAUUAAAAAAAACAAUAAAAGACUUGUUGACCAACAUAAUCGAAUUUAUUUAUAAUAAUAAUUUGAAUUACAAGAUUAUCCGAUGUUAGAAAAAGAUAUUUGUGUUAUUUUAUUUAUACAGUUCAAAGAA